AUGCAGUUCAACGUCCUAGCCGUCCUCUCCUCUCUCCUUAUUGUCUCUAGCGCCGCCGCUAUCGAGCAGCGUCAGAUUGAUGAGACCAACUACUGCGACCGUUACAACGACCUUGACAUCGCCGUUACCUUCCCACACGAAACCCUGUGGGGAGAUUACAAGCUGUGCUGCAACUACUUGGGUCCUAACUCUCAGGAUACUCCCGGAUGCUGUGACACUUACGAAGGCGUUAAAAGCGGAGCUGGCUGGGAUCGCUGCAUUCCCAUUGAAGAACAGAAGAAGCCAGUAUGGCCACCGGCAUGA